GUGACUUGCUGAGAAGAAGACUUGGUUGACUAUCCCCUCCAACCCUCCAUCAAUCCAAGAAGCUCGCAGGCGGCAACACUAUGAGCUGGUCCGACCUGCCAGCCGAGCUCGUUGCCGGGAUCGCCGACAGGAUCACCGAGCAUGUGGACCUCGCGCGCUUCCGCUCGGUGUGCCCAUCUUGGCGCUCGGCCUCGGCGGAGCACGCCGCGCGCCGCCGCGCCCCCCUGCUCCUCCUGCCCUCCCAGAGCUACUCCCGCGCCGACCGCCGUCUCUGGUCCCCCGCCGACGACAGCAUCAAGGAGACCCCCAUGCCCGCCGCGUGCGGCCGCUCCUUCCUUUUCGCCUCGCCCCGCGGCUGGACGCUCGGCGUGGCCAACGACCUCUCGGCCACGCUGCUGCAACCAUUCACCGGCGCGUCGGAGAGCCUGCCCGCGCUGCCGCCUUUCUUCCACGGCGAAUAUGAGAAGAUCCUCCGUGACAUGGUAUGGGAUCGGUCCCCUGGCGCCGUCAUGAUCUCGCCGGGCAAAGGCGUGUUCUUCUGCAAGCUGCCGGGCGACGGCGGGUCAUGGAGCGCCGCCGGAUCCUCGCAAACGGCUGCCGUCAGCAGCAUCACCUACGACGACGGUACGUUUUACCUUCUGGACGGGCGAGCCCGCAGGGUCACGGCCGUGGACGCCGCAACUUUCGCCGUGACCGCCGUAGUCGAGCCACCAGAUCUGGUGUCGCCCAGACACGCUUGGUGCACACCCGAGUCCACGCUCGUCGUGUCCUCCGGCGAGCUGCUCCUCAUCGUCAGGACGCACCUCUUGUUCCAAGUAGCACCAUACGGCUCGGGGGGCCUCUUCAAGGUCUUCCGCGCGGACAGCCGGGGCCUGGCGGCCGGAUGGUCGGAGGUCGCCGGCGGCGGCAUCGGCAACCGCGCGCUGUUCGUGGACCAUCUCCGCGGCUUCUGCGUGGAGGCCGGCGGGCUCAACGGGGUGCGGAGGAACUGCGUGUACGUGGCCAGCUCGCACGAGAUGGUGAACGACGACUACGGGCUGGACGUCUAUGGGAGGUACACCGUCUCGGUGCUCGACCUCGACGACCUCACCACCCAGGAUCUCUCGUACGGGAACCUGUUGAAGUGCAUGUGUGGUAGAUUCUGGCAGUGGCCUUCUUGGAUCAUGCCAAGUCCGCACUGAUCCAAACAAAACUAUGUGCUUUGUAGCAGGAAUAAGAGCUGUUAAUUUUCGACCAGUUAAUUUAUCAGUUUUGCUAAAGCACAUCUAGAUGUGCCAUAAGUAUUGCACAUCUAAGUCCUAUA